GAACUGGUAGAAAAACGUGUGCAAUAUUUGGAAGAUUUAAAUAUGGUUUUAUGCAUUUUUAUUCAUAUAUUGCCAAUAUUAUUAUUAUUAUUUAUUAUUUGUUAUUUAUUAUUUAUUAUUUGUUAUUUAUUAUUUAUUAUUUGUUAUUUAUUAUUUGUUACUUAUUAUUUGUUAUUUAUUAUUUAUCUAUCUAUUAUUUAUUAUUUACUGUUUAUUAUUUAUUAUUUAUUAUUCGUUACUUAUUAUUUGUUAUUUAUUAUUUAUUAUCUAUUAUUUAUUAUUUACUGUUUAUUAUUUAUUAUUUAUUAUUUG